AUGCGGUGGCGGCGCAGUGACACCAUGAUACAAACGCAUUUGAAAAUGUUCGUCGUUGUUAUUAUGUUUAGUUGCCUGAACACUUCGGAGGCGGCGAGAACUUACCCACGAACACAACGACGAAAGGACACAAAUGAAGGGCUCUACAUACCAGCUCCGAGCGCUGAAUCCAUCCAGGCCUUAGCAGAAGCAAUGGGCGCGGCUGGCUUCGAAAGCUACACUGAAGGCAAAGCUCUGGUGAAGCGGCUGAUACCAGCUGAUAGUCAGCCGGAUUUAGACGUUGUUGAGCACCAAGGAAUAAUCGGCAAGGCAGGCGUAGACUUCCCAGCGCUACCCAAUAUCCCUAACACGGGCUUCAACUGUAAGAAUGUACCUACAGGAUACUACGCCGACCUGGAAACUGACUGCCAGGUUUUCCAUAUCUGUGACACAUCACGCAAGAUCUCUUUCCUCUGUCCCAACGGCACCAUCUUCAGCCAGUCGCACCUGAUAUGUGACUGGUGGUUUAAGGUGGACUGCGCUUCCUCCCCUGCCCUCUACGAGUCCAGCGUCGAAUACUACUCCAACGAGCAGAAGAAAUCGCAGAAGAUUACCAAAAGCCUUAGCAAAAACCCCGAUUUGCAACAGAUCAGCGAUACUAAUGUCCGUGCUGAAUCAAGACGAGCGCCAAUAAACGUCCCCAGUACCACAGAGAGACUGCUGAAGCAUAGACAAAGGCUGUUUAGUGAUGCAAACAUACCAACUGCCAAACCUUCAUCUAGAAGCUACCAAGCACUCUUCAAUAUUAACCCCACGCAACGGGCACAAGCGACGACGGCUUUCGAAAAUAAGAGGAGAAAUCUAGUACAACUUAUAUCCAACAAUUUUGGAAACGGCGCAGCUAAAAGUACUUUGCCAACUUUCUAUGAUUCUACCACUCGCAGACCAAAUAUUCCAGCAGGUGAUUACAAUAGCAUUAAAGAAAUGCAAGAAGCCGCUGAGACUGCUUCUUUUGCUCAAAAUCAGAAUAGACAAUUCCUAAGAGAUUUCAAUAACAAGAAUUUACGUCCAUACCCUGUUUACAAUCCAAACCUCCCAUCAAAAACUAUUAAAACUAAAUCCAACCCUUCUCUAACGACUUUGUACGAUAUUAAAUCGCAACAAACAUCGCAAUAUACGCAAGAAGCAACUACAAAAAGACAAACACUAGUCCCAUACACAAAGAGUUACGUAAGUUCAUUUAACGAAAAGAGAGAACCCUACACGAGACCAGGAGUCUCCUUAUUAAAGAACUUUCUUGAAAAGGAAAAGAACAGAACGGUAUUCGCAACGACCGAAAAACUUGUAGAAGCAACCGCUAGAAGUGGCGACUUAAAUACGUGGGAUACCGCCCCUGAUUUCUCAAAAUUCGAAUCAUCGACAAAAAUUCCGUACACAAUAAGAGAUCGCAAAAUAACUGCCGCCACAAACAGAUUUGAAACUUAUUCUACAAUCGCAGACGCUUUAACUACAACGGAGCCAACAUAUCAAGAACGAAAACAAAGAGUAUUGAAUAAGAUCGAUUUUGAUCCCGUCCGCUCAACCGAAGAAUCCCAUCCGACUACAGAAAAAUAUUAUGGUGACCAACCGGUUCGACCAGGUCUCAUAGUACCACCGUCUCUGACACCCAAAACUCUACAUUCUCUAGCCAUCUAUUACGCUACAGCUAUGGAUAACCUCGCAACAGCAGCACCUCAAGAUGAAGAAGUAACUACACCGGUCCCAGAAGAUAUCAAACCUGUUGAUGAAGGCUUGCCGGACUUAUUUAGUCGUCAGACUAUUAACAAGUACAGCAGUCUUUUUGGCCACGGUAUGAAUGACGCCGAAUUACUAGAAGAAAUCAAAUUGGAUCCCAAUGGAACUUACAACGAGUUAGCCGAAGAUCUUUCCUUCCAGAUGAGUCAGAUGCCACUAGCGACAUCACCUCAAAUACGUGAACUCGCCCAAGUAUUCACUCACGCGCUGUCCGCAUACCUCCAGGACCCGGUUCAAUUCAGAAAAGUGCUUUCCGAUAUAAGACCGACACCUCCGUCCUUCGGAGAUAUGUUAACAGCUACGGAAGAUUCUACUAACACAGAACCCACAACGACAAUAAAUGAGGAUGACGAUGAAAUAUUGGGAUUUUCGGACGAUCAAAAAACAAGAAACAAUAUUUCAUUUAGAGACUCAAAGGCUUUGAAACUUGCAACUGAUUAUACUUUUGAAACAACGACUACAUCCAGAUCCAUAACGACGCCAAUCUCUACAACUGCAUACGUUCCAACAACUCCCAGAAAUCCGUUUAGAUGUUGCGGAAGAAUAUCAGCGUCCUACACUACGGCAUCUUCGCCUACAAUACCUUUCUAUUUCACUACUACUAGAUCACCGAAAUUUCAACCAACGACAACUGAUACUUCUACGAUAUCUCAGCAUAACGGACUUCAAAAUAACUCCGAUAAACCUUACGGUCACGGGUUCAAUUCCCCAGACAGACUUAGUGACUACACAGAAGUAACAAAUCAACCAUCUUCAUGGGAUGACGAUAUAAUAGACUCAACGCUAAAACCCAUUACCAAUUCCCACCAAUCGUUUGAAAGCAAAAAGAUUCGAACUACAACAACAUUCCCACAACCCACCUAUUUCCCGGACCCAGAAGACAGUGUUGAACUGGAAAAUGAGGAGGAGUUACAGAGAGCACACAGUCAAUCAUUCAUUUCACCACAAGGUAACAGCCUCCGCCAUGGAAAACAAUUCGAUGUGAGUGAGAAAAAUGCCGUAAAAAAACCAUCAGUUGAUUUAGAAGCUCCAACUUUACCCAAUGAAACGACUACGUUACAAACCACAACACACGCGUACACAACCACAGUGAAAGAGCAAACAGAUGAGUACACCACAACGUCACCGAUACCGACUAGUGUUUUUACAUCACCUGAUGCUGAAAAGACAACUUACGAGUUCCAAUGGCCGACUAGUUUUGAUAGUUGGAAGAGCACCAUAAUCGACCCAAUAACAUUAAAUGACGGUCUAAGUCCUUUAGCUGCUGACCAAAGCUUAUCAAAAUUAUCACAACAAACGAUCGACAGCACAACUAGUACCGCUACACCGACAACAUACUUUACAACAACUGAACAAUUCCCGUCAUCUACUGUGAACUUUGAAAUAACAACACCUAACAACUUUUUGACUAAUAAUCGUGAUGGAAAGUCACUAAAGCAAGCGACGUCAACAGAAGUAUCUCAAGAUUUAACGACUAUUGCCGACGUCGUCGUCGAAAAGGCGAAGGAGAUAAUGGGCGGAAUGAACUCAACGACGACGCAAAAACUAAUGAAUGUCAUGAAGAAGACCAAAUCCAAGACCGUCAAGAGACUGAUCCUUCUAUUAGUACAAACGUGUGACGACGACCACAACUCGACGGCUGAGGCGUCUAAGAAGGCACUACUAGAAGCUCUAAUGGCAGUAUCUCAGAAAGACAUGGAAGAUAUAGCAAAGGAAGAAGCCGGGACCAGUACUCCUGACAUAGAUUACAUACAAGCAACACAAUUCAAGCGAAGAAUGGACAGAAUACCCGUUCAAAGAGGCGGCAAAUCUUUAAACGCAGAUGUGAAAGCAGUAAACUCAUUCUUUAAUCCUACGACAACGGAAACGCAGACCGAAGCUGAGAGUACGACGGCUAAUGUAAUAAGAACGACAUUUCCAAGCAGACGAGGAGCUAGAAAGUUUCAAGCUAAGACAACAGAAGAAACGACGACAACGCUAGCGAACAGACCUUUCGCUGAAGCGAGAAUAGCCGCCCCAGAGAAGGUUGAAUCAGAUACAAGGGCUAUUGAGUUAUUAAGAUCUCUGUACACAAUAGCAGCCAAAUGGGGUUAG